UUGACGUCGGAUUUCCCGAACACGGUCUCGCCGAAAGUCCUCAGAAGUAUGACCGGCAGAGGGACCUACCAUAAUACUGCUUCGUCCAAAGCCAGACGUGAGAGGAAGGAAGCGGCGAUAUUGGACACCGACUCCGAAGCAACCGCUACCGAAAUGGAGAAAGACCAGACGAGUUCCCCCAAAAGGGUGCAGGGUAGGAGGUCACCAGACACCUCAAUGGCGGACCUACUAGUUAAAUCCAUUACUGAAAGGUCCACGAGCGAGGAACUCAAGAGGGUGCAAGCAGACAAUAAGCGGCUAAAGGGCCAGCUGUCCGCAUUAGAGAGCGAGGUGGUCGCGCUUAGGCAAGCAUUUGCCGAGCGCGGCAACCAAAGGGAGAACCCUUCGAGUGAGGUGGAAGGCACAGUAGAGGAGACGCAGGCCAGCAGCCCUGGUAAAGGCGUCACUAGGACGGAGCUGGCAAUAAUUAUGGAGCGUUUUCAGCGAGAGCUGAGGGAGCAGUUCGAACGCAUCCUGGGUGCCCGCUUGGAAGGGCUCGAUGUAGAUGGUCGACUCCUUCCAGGCGUCUCGUAUUAA